GGAUUCUCCAUGGGAUGGGAUGGGCUGCUGAAAACCAGGAAACUGGAGCGCUCUACUAUCAGGCUUCAUUACUUUCCAGUCGGCUGUCUGCACCUGUAGUGUCUAAAAAUGGACCGGUUCAGGGAGGUAUCUGCCUCUGAGAAGGAAAGGAAGCCAGCAUGGGAGGAGAGUGAAGAGGCAUCCAGCACCUCUUCUGGAAUUUGGACCCUGUCUGAUGAGGAGUGUCGUGAUCUGGAGACUGAGAUCUCUUGGCCGGAGGAGAAGCUGAGGUUCAUGAAGAGACUGUUGGCUGUUCCAGCUCUGCUGCUGACAAGUCUGGAGGAGAUGAACCCACAUGAGCUGAAGACAUUUCAGUCUAACCUGACUAGUGUCCAGCUGCCUGGCUGUCCUCCCAUCCCAGAGAGCCAGCUGGAGAACGCUGACAGACAGGUCACAGUGGAUCAGAUGGUGAAGACAUACGGCCCUGAGAGAGCUGUGGAGAUCACACUGAGGAUCCUGAGGGGGAUGGACCAGAAUUAUCUGGCAAAGAAGUUAAAGAGAGAUUACAAUAGAGCUCUGCUGCUGGCCACUCUGGAGGAGCUCACUGGAGAACAGCUGAAGACAUUUCAGUCUAAACUGACUAGUGUCCAGCUGCCUGGCUUUCCUCCCAUCCCAGAGUGCCAGCUGGAGAACGCUGACAGACAGGUCAUAGUGGGUCAGAUGGUGAAGAGAUACGGCCCUGAGAGUGCUGUGGGGAAAACACAGAGGAUCCUGAGGGGGAUGGACCAGAAUGAUCUGGCAGAGAAGUUAGAGAGAGAUUACAGACACAGAAGAGAAACAUCAGAUGCUGACAGUGAUGAAGAGAGUGAAAAUAAACUUUAUCGGAGGAAGUGGCAUAGGGCACUGGUAAUGAAGGAGGAAGCUGCCUCUGAGAUGGAAAGGAAGCCAGCAGGGGAGGAGAGUGGAGAACUCCCCAGCACCUCUUCUGGAAUGUUGACCCUGUCUGGAGAGAAGCGUCUUCAUCUGAAGACUGAGAUCUCUAGGAUGAAGGAGAAUCUGAGGUUCAUGAAGAGACCCUCCAUGUUGGAUGUUCCAGUUCUGCUGCUGACCACUCUGGAGGAGCUCACUGGAGAACAGCUGAAGACAUUUCAGUCUUACCUGAUUGGAGAACACUGA